CCUGUAGGCAAGAUGGCGGAUGCUGCUGUCGAGGUGGCGCCUCUUCCUCCGCCGGGCGAUGCGCCUAUUUCGUGGAGCGGAAGAAGCGCUUUGCAAGAUGGUCCCGGCCCAAGGCAGGCGCUUCUGUGGCGAGCACAGCGCUGAAGAGGAAGAACUUAAAAGGAAGAGAAUUCCUUGUCCUUUGGAUCCAAAACACACUGUGUAUGAAGACCAGCUACAAAAACAUUUGAAAAAGUGUAAUUCAAGAGAGAAGCCAAAACCUGUCUACUUUGAAGAUAUUAAUGCAGGACUGAAAAAUGAAACAGAACUGCCUGAAGAACAGGCACCAAUUUCUGCACUUUCUAAACAAGAACUGGAGAACUUAAUUAGAAGCUUAAAAGCAAGUAAUGCUAUAAAUUAUGAACUUGAGGACCAAAUUCUUUCUCAUCAAGCCUUACAAGAAGCUCUAAAUGACCCCAAAAUGGAGAUGCAGCUUUUUAAACAUUUGAAGCAACAGGCUUCUAUAUUAGGUAACAUGAAAAGAUUGCAUUUGCUUGGACCAGGAAACUGUUUUGUGGAAUUUGGAGCUGGACGGGGAAAACUCUCCCACUGGUUGGAUAUAGCUUUACAGAAUGCCCAAGAUGUUCAUUUUCUUCUUGUGGAAAGGGCAUCUACCAGGUUCAAGGUGGAUGGCAAACACAAAAAACGUUACUUUGAGAGGCUUCAAGUUGAUAUCCAGCAUUUAUGUUUAAGUAAAGUUCCUCUUCUUGUGGAAGAGAACCUAUCUCUAAUAGGAAUUGGAAAGCAUCUGUGUGGUGCAGCAACAGAUCUUGCUCUGAGAUGCUUAGUUGACACCUAUGUGAAUUCACGCGCUGAAGAAAAGGAAGGCCCAGCCAUUAAACGCCUCAAGGCUGAUUGUCCCAGCCAAAUACACAGCAAGUGUGCAACUGAAAACUGGAGCCCUAUAGCUGGAAUUGUUAUUGCACUUUGUUGUCAUCACAGGUGUGAGUGGAGGCAUUAUGUUGGCCAAGAUUUCUUUACAAGAGUUGGACUUGGCCCCAUAGAAUUUAAUUUUUUCAAAAGAAUGACCAGCUGGGCUACCUGUGGCAUGAGAGAAAGCAGAAGUGGCAUACAAAAUAAAGGACAAAGAAACAUAGAUGAACACGAUCAGGAUAAUACAAAUACUGACUGCAAUUUGGAUAGUCUUCAAGGGCUGCUGACCACUGAUGAACGAAAAGAGAUAGGGCAUCUUUGCAAACUGUUGCUUGAUCAUGGUCGGAUCGAGUACUUACAGCAGAGAGGAUAUGAAGCUGUGUUGCAGCGCUAUACAGAAUCAAGUGUGUCAUUAGAAAAUGUUCUUCUGACAGCUGUUCCAGCUCAGUCUUCAUUGUCUUCCACAACUACUUAAAAACUUCCAAGAGGUCUUUCAGGAGUUUCACUGCUUCCAGGAUUUUUGCAAGUUUGUAACAUCCAGGAUUGUGUUUAAAAAACUAGGGAUAGUUUACAGCAGUGUUUCUCAACCUUGGCAACUUGAAGAUGUCCGGACUUCAAC